AUGAGUGCGGAGGAAAGACGCGCUCUCACAGCACUGCAAGAACGUCACGAUGACUUCAGUGACUGCGGCAUGUUUGAUGGUGAUGAUGGUUUCGGCGCGAGCAUGUUGGAUGGAUCUGAGCCUAUCGAGAUUAGCCAUGCGGGUGGAGAGCUACAGGAACUUACAAGAAAAUUGGUGGGUGACUUCUGGAACACAAAUACUGCAAGGUCUCGUGUUCGGCGAACAGACUACAGGACCAGACGCGACAGGACCAGGCGUCGUACAGAAGCUUUCGAUAAGCAGAUGUUGGCGUUGACAUGUGCUUACCUGGACUGGCACAUGGGGAAGGGCACAUCAGAUGGGCGAGGAUUUUUCUUUCAUUACCGUGAUGACUCACAUAGGACGCUUGAUGUGAAUGCAGGAACGAUUCCUGUGCAGGUUGUGGACGUGUUUUACGCCGAAAGACUCCCUUUAACCAUUCUGUCGACCGAUGCCUUCAUUGCGUCAGCACUCGUUCGCCAAGGUGUUGUGCCCUGUUCUCCCAUCAGCCCGUCGACUGGGGUGACAAUGGAAGCCCUCAACCUGUUUCGUAUCGCACGUCAGCGCAACCCGCAUUUCUCCAUCCAGGCUUACGUGAAAACGUUAUGUGACCUACAAGGCAUGAGUACCCAAAUUCUGGCUCCCUUGGUACAAUUUUAUCCAUAUCUAUCCCGUCAGUUCUCAAUCGCACUUGACGUCUUCCUACAGAUUCUCGCUAGUGUUGACGCACUGGUGCUCGAAGCUAUCGGACAUAGCAACCCUAACUGGCGGCCGAUGCACGCUUGCCCAGCGUGUACUUACACACUCAAAGGCGAGACAGCUCUAAAAUUCAGGUUAUUGUAUACGAUGGAUGGGAAUGAUUCCCUCAAGCGAGUGCUAAAGAAACUUGUGCGGGACGACUCGGACCACUUCGACAACAACAACAAUAUUCCUCUCCCACAGUCUGCAGAGCUUCCCUCAACACAACAUGUGCGUGGCGACCGCUAUUUGACGAGGGACUAUGUUGACCACUUUGCUGGUGACUCUGCUGUUGACAUGCUAUCAGGCGACGAGGUAAGUAGUAUUGACUUGGACAAUCCAUGCGCGGCUCGCUGGAACAACAUGAAAGACGAGAAAACGAGACGGAUGUGGGGUGUAUUCGACGAGUCUGGAAUUUUCAUGGCCGUCUGUCGCCACGGCUUUUCUCUUGUUAUCGCAGACAUGGUUCAAAGCGGCGAACAAUCAAAGUACCCUCUAGCUGUUGUAUCCAAACUUCUGGACGUUUUCGGCAAGGACCUUGGUGGUGGCUAUGAUAUUGGCUGCCGGUUCAAGACAACACUCAGUCGAAGUGCGCUGGGUCCGUCUGCACGUGAGCUCAACCACACAUCCCUUGUCGGCGCCUUUCACGGCCAUGCUCACAAACGCCUAUGUCAACUCGAUCAUCUCACAAUGUACGUCGAAGGUCUUGGACUCGAAGACCUCGAGGGUUGCGAACGAACGUUUUCGAAAUCCAAUGCACUGGCAUCCUCGGUUCGCUAUUCGAGUAUUUUCCACCGACACCAAGCUAUCACCAACUAUUUUCAACACACAGAUGACUUCGAAGUUUACGCCAACAUAUCUACAUUCCUGCACAACAACUAUAAACAGGCCCUCAAUAUUCUACUCGAUGGACGGACAACGCUCCCACAACUCAUGUGUGAGCUUGGCUUAGCGGAUGACAGCGUCUUCAACAGGUGGCUAGCCGAGGAGCGCAAUUACCUAAUGUCGUUGAACCACGAACCAAAGCAUGAGACCUUGCAAAUGGAAUAUUGGCAGAAGCUUGUCAACUUGGCAGCAAGCAGAAAAGACUUAGAUGCUGCAAGUACGCCUUGGAGCAUAUCCACGCCAUCCACUGCAUCAUUCGGAUCACGUGAUAUUGCAACAACAAUUAGAAACAAAACCGCACGCUGCCACGCCAUCGAGAAUUAUGAUAAAGACCUCAAAGUUGUUCAGGAGCUCGAGGUGAAGCUCGGUGUGGUUCGCCGGUGGACACCAGAUGAUCCAGAAUGGAUGGAUGCAGGUCGCCUCGUCGCCAAUCGGAAAUUUCAGCGAGCGCUGGAUGCUCUGGAAGGUUUGGUAGUUGCUCGGAUAUUUGAGCUGUCGAAGAUGAAUCGUGCAGGGACAGGCUAUAAACUACGAAAACAUAUUGGCAAAGCUUUGCAGGCUCGCUCUGCAGCUAUUCGGACAGCUUUAGACCGCUACAAUACUGCAGCUCGUGCACUAUCACCACCUCGCCCAACCAUUUCAUGGGACGAGGUUGUUGAGUAUGCAUUUCUCUCUGACUUCGAUCUUCUGCGAGACGCCCGUCAAGACAUAUCUCAACGCACCUGGGCCACUCCCACUGGUCGUUUGGCAAUGGACACAUACUUUAAGAUGCAACGCGCACAAGAAGAGAUCCAGCGGCUCAAUAUCGAGAUCAAGAGAAUGGUCACAUACUUGCGAGACAAAGACAUAUACCUGCGCAACUGUGAGAAACAACUUCAGUCUCUUCACCCUGCGCUUGCCCAUCAAGUUGGUGUGUAUCGUAAUAUUCGUGCACGCUUCACCAAACACCAUCUUCAUCACCUACAUACCAUCAGCAAGUUACCAGGCUUUACAGGUUCGUUGUCACCAGGGGAUAGCACCGAGGAUUCACCUGGUGCAAGUGCCAGUACUCCUGCUGUCUAUAUCCCUGCUCAGCUGGUUGUACCAGUGCAUCCUGUGGUUCCAGAUGGUGUAGAAGAUGGAAUAGAGGAUCUAGAGGACGAGGAGGGUGCUGACGCUGAUGUGGAAGAGCAGUCUCGCAUUCUUGAAGACAUUUUUCAGGUUACUUUGGACACUUAG